AUGCGUUUCACUCAGCUUUUGGCAGUAGUUGCUGCCGCCAGUGGCAUAGCCGGUGCACACCCUGGCCAUGAUUUGACCGAAGAGAUUGCAGAGCGCAAGGACUUUCUCCGAUCCGUGCGAAGAGCGACGCUUGCUCACUGCGCAGACAAGCUCAAAGCCCGCGGCAUCGAGGCCAGCAACAUUGCUCGACGCUCCGCUGCUGUCGAGAAGAAGCGUGCCGCCAAGGGCAUCCAGCGCAGAGAUGCGGAUAGCGACCUUUCCACAUCCCAUAACAGCACCGACCUGGGCUACACGGAGAACACAUCCAUCUCACAGCUCUUCUCCAGCAACGGCUCCUGUCUUCUGACUCCCGAAGUGACCCAGGGCCCCUACUAUGUUGGAGGCGAAUCCCUUCGAAAGGACGUCACAGACUCGGAGCCCGGCAUUGAAAUCACGCUCGACUACCAGGUCAUCGAUGUCGACACCUGCGAGCCCGUGCCCAACGUGUACGUCGAGAUCUGGCACUGCAACUCCACCGGCGUGUAUUCCGGCGUCGUCGCCAACGGCAACGGCGACUCUUCGGACUCGUCCAACCUCGACAACAAGGCCUUGCGCGGCAUCCAGGCCACCGACACCGACGGCGUCGCCCAGUUCCAGUCCAUCUUCCCGGGCCACUACACCGGCCGUGCCACCCACAUCCAUGUCAUGGUGCACACCAACGCCACGCUCUACGCCAACGAGACGCUCGGCAACGACGUCUACGCGAGCCACGUCGGCCAGGCCUUUUUCGACCAGGACCUCAUCGCCGCCGCCGACGAGGUCGCGCCGUACAGCACCAACGAGCAGACGCUGACCAAGAACUCGGCCGACAGCAUCCUGUCCGAGGAGGCCGGCACCGACGGCGUCGACCCCUUCAUGAACUACGUCUACCUCGGCGAGGGUCUGGACGAAGGCCUGUUCGCGUGGCUGGCGUUUGGCAUCAACACGACGUACUCGAGCGAGGUGACGCCGGCGGCGUUUGUGUACGAGUCGGGCGGUGUCGAGAAUGCGAAUGGAGGCAUGGGCGGCGGUCCAGGUGGCAGCGGCGGUCCUCCUGGCGGUGGUAGCGGAGGUCCUCCUGGCGGUGGCAACGGCACAGGACCUGGUGGCAACAACGGUACGGGUACAACGCCCUCUGGAACUACCUCUUCGGGAGGCACCCAGACUGGCACGGCGGGAACUGGAACUCCGACUCUGAGCAACCAAGUUCGUCAUUGA